AAUCCAGGAGGGGAAAAAAGUAAACGGUGAACUUGAUUUGCUGAGGCUGAAGAGGAAGUGAUUGUUUCUUUUGUAUUUACACGUGUAAACAAUCAUAUUUUCGCCUAAAUUUGUCCGCUGCAUUAUUGAAACACUGUAAAGAGAGAUAUCACUUUUAGUCUAAAUGCAAACUGAGCCCUCUCACGUAAUUCGGGAGGGAAAUGUCAAGAUUAUUCGUUAACCUGAUCUUUCAAGUGACGGGGAAGGUAACAUGGGGAACCUCAGGACGACCUCCACUUUUUACUGUGCCACCCGUUAGCUUGGCACAUGUUCAGACCGCCGGUAAGAAAGAUUACAUUGAUCUCCCUGUCCUAAAUGAAGACGAGCUGGACGAGCAGUUUGUAAGAGGGUCAGGACCUGGUGGUCAGGCGACCAACAAAACCAGCAACUGUGUGGUGCUCAGGCACAUCCCAACUGGCAUUGUCGUUAAGUGCCAUCAAACCAGAUCGGUGGAAACAAACCGCAAAAGAGCUCGGCAGAUAAUGAGGGAGAAGCUUGAGGUCACCUACAAGGGAGAAGAGAGCGACAUUCUGAAGAAUAAGAAGGAGUCUAUACAGAGGAAACAAGACAAGAGGAAAAAGGCAAAUGAGAAUUUGGAGAAGAAGAGACUUUUCAAAGAGGCACUGAUGACAGACUCCAAACCAGGGGAUGACAGGGGAUGAAAAGUAUGCAUGAACAUAACAUUUAGUCUGAUCAACAAAUAUGUCCUACCUCAUCGUGAUCUGUAUUGUAAAUAAAGAGCACCUAUUGAAAUCAAUUAUAUUGUCAUCAAUCUGUCUAAGAUACUUUUAUUGGACCAAUAAAAUCAAAGGUCUUUUGAGUCUUUGAUCUUCAGGCUGGAGAGUUGGUCCAAUUCAAUCCAAUAACUUUGUUUGCACCUUGCCUGUUAGAGCCUUGCAUUUCUCUCGGUUUCUGCCAAGCAUUCACGUAUAAGCCCCCUGGCGUGAAUGAUACCUUCAAAUGAAAAAGAAAAGAUAAAAACACACUUAAGUUCUUGAGUCCAUGAAACGUCAAAUUAUAACUUUACAGACCCCAAUGGUGCAUAGUAGAUUUCACAUGGCAAGUACUAGAUCGCGAGAACCCAAGGAGGCAUACAGCCUUCCCUAUUGUUUUCAGUGAAACAUAUGGACCACUGCUGGGCCAAUGUGUACUACAGUCCUGAUGCUCUGUUUAAAUGUUUAGAAACAUGAAUUAUCCCUGCUUGUGAUAUGCUUUUGGAAACCUUUGGAACAUUCAUAUCAGAGAACAAAUUUUACCAAUACAAAAUAUAUACUUGUUGUGCGCCUUUAACAGGUUUCCACCUAUGUAUUUUGCGUUGCACAUUUACCUGAACUACGACGACAGUUCAUAAGCUAAUGGAAACUCGAGAGGGAAUAAAAAUAAAAAUAUUGUCUUGAAGUUGUAUUGGGGUUGUGCCACAGAGCAUCAUGGGGGUUGUAUGUGUUGUAGACCGAGCACGU